GUAAGACGAAGACUAGCUCUACUCUUUCUUGCUGUGUGUGUGUUGUGCGUGUUUUCAUUAUUUCUUCGUCUCCUCUUCUCUUCUCUUACUCAUUCUCUCCGCACAUACACACCAACUGCUUGUAUCUAUCUUUCUUUAAAUUGGUGGGUCGGGUCGGGUCAAGCUUUCAUUUGGUCAAUCAAUCGAGGCUUAUUGAUCAAGGUUGUUUCUGGCUUGUUCUGAUGCACUAGUGAGUGCAUGUUAAAAGCUGCAUUUGUGUACUGGUGAAGAUGUUGGAGGGUGCAAAGUUUACUGGUUUGAUAGACUUGAACAGCCACCAUGAUAAUUAUGAUAUUCCACAAGGCUUUUACCGUAAGCUUGAUGAAGGCUCGAACAUGUCAAUUGAUAGCUUUGGAAGCUUGCAGUUGAGCAAUGGAGGAGGUUCAAUUGCUGCCAUGUCUGUUGGCAAUAGUAGUUCUGGCUCCAAUGAUUCCCACACUCGCAUCCUAGGACACCAGGGAAACAAGCAUGUUAACCAUAAUUAUUCAGCUGUUCAAAGUGUUAAUCGUGGAAAAGUCUCUCAUGGCCUUAGUGAUGAUGCACUAGCACAGGCUUUGAUGGACAAUCGUUUUCCCACACAGGGCCUUCAGGAUUUUGAUGAGUGGACCAUUGAUCUUAGGAAGCUUAAUAUGGGACAAGCUUUUGCACAGGGUGCUUUUGGAAAACUAUACAAAGGUACAUACAAUGGUGAAGAUGUUGCUAUCAAGCUUUUGGAGAGGCCAGAACAUGACUUAGAAAGGGCGCAAUUAAUGGAGCAACAGUUUCAGCAGGAGGUAAUGAUGUUGGCAACACUGAAACAUUCGAACAUAGUUCGAUUUAUUGGUGGGUGUCGCAAACCCAUGGUCUGGUGUAUAGUCACUGAAUAUGCCAAGGGAGGCUCUGUUCGGCAGUUUUUGGCAAAGAGACAGAAUCGAGCAGUGCCUUUAAAAUUGGCAGUAAAGCAGGCGUUGGAUGUUGCAAGGGGAAUGGAAUACGUUCAUGCACUUGGUUACAUUCACAGGGACUUGAAAUCAGACAACUUAUUGAUUUCUGCUGACAAAUCAAUUAAGAUUGCAGAUUUUGGGGUUGCUCGAAUUGAGGUGCAGACUGAAGGAAUGACUCCAGAGACAGGAACAUAUCGCUGGAUGGCUCCGGAGAUGAUCCAACACAGGCAGUACACCCACAAGGUAGAUGUUUAUAGCUUCGGGAUUGUUUUAUGGGAACUCAUUACAGGAAUGCUGCCAUUUCAGAAUAUGACUGCUGUACAAGCAGCAUUUGCAGUUGUCAACAAAGGUGUCCGUCCAAACAUCCCCGUUGACUGCCUGCCGGUUCUUGGUGAGAUUAUGACCCGUUGCUGGGAUAGUAAUCCUGAUGUACGGCCACCAUUCACUGAGGUUGUCAGGAUGCUAGAGUAUGCAGAAACUGAGGUCAUGACUACCGUGCGUAAGGCCCGGUUCAGAUGCUGCAUGAGCCAACCAAUGACUAUUGACUGAUGCAGAAGAAACUUACAGCUGUAAGUAAGAAAGAGAAAAAUUUUAAAUGCAAAAAAGUCCAAAAAACAAGAAAAAAAAACUGAAACCGGUGAUUUUACGUCAGCCCCUUGUGUAUCUAUCAGGGUUAAUUUCUUUCUUCAGAUAGAAAGAGAAAGGAAGUUACUAUAAGAACUGCCUAAUUUGUGGUUUUUCAUUUUGUGGAUUUGUUUUGCUGAAUCGGUUGUAGUAAUAGGAGAGAUUCGAUGUGUAUUGAAAUUAAAGCCUUUUCUUGUUAUAUAUGUUAAGCUUUUCCUACA